GUAGCGGUUUAUGAACGCCAUGGCGGCUCAUGCUAGCGAGCUGGAGAUUGCAAAGAAAAAUUUAACAGAUGCAAUAGGCGAUAACGUGAAACACUACUGGGCAAACCUGAAGCUAUGGUUUAAACAGAAAAUCAGCAAGGAAGAGUUUGACAUCGAGGCACGUCGUCUGUUGGCGCAGGAGAACGUCCACGUUCAUAAUGAUUUCCUCCUGGCCAUUCUGACACGAUGCCAGAUCAUCGUCUCCACACCAGAGGGCGCAGGGCCGCUGCAGUGGCAAGGUAGCUGUGCUUCAAAGCCUGGCAAACCGAAAGGGAAGAAGAAAUGUUCGUCUAGACAAAAAUUUGAUCACCGUUUCCAGCCUCAGAAUCCUCUGAGUGCAGCCCAACCUUUCAGCCCACGAGAGGUGGGAGGUGAGGAGGAGGAGCUGCGUCUGAGCGCCCACACGAUGCUGCUGCCCACCAGGGGCCAGCUGGAGGCUCGCAUGAUGGUGACUGCCUUUGAGCUGGGGCUGGAUAACGUCACAGACGAUGCCAUAAGCACCAUGAUUUACGCUGUCGAGCACCACUUGAAAGACGUCCUGACUGCUGUAAUCACGCGGAGGAAGGCGUACCGACUACGAGACGGUCAUUUCCCCUACGCGUUCGGCAGCGACGUCACGCCUCAGCCUUAUCUGAAGAACAGCCUCGCUGCUUACCACAGUGUUUCUGAAUGUCCCCCUCCAAGUGCUUCUCUCCCUGCCGGCCCACCACCGCAAGUGUCACCCGAUGAGGCUGAGCAACAAGCUGUGCACCUGCUGGCUUGUUCUGCCGACAGUCUUCCUGCUCCCCUUCCUCCAAUCAGCAUGUUCGAUCUCCUCGAGGCUUUACAGGUCCACCACGGCGUGAUGCCCUCCCACACUAUGUACGCCCUCAACAUGGAGCGCAUCCUGUCGCGGCUCUGGCACCCCAGCCACGAAGAGCUGGAGCAGGACCACGUGCACCGGCAGCGGCUGGCUGCUAAAGAGGGCAUGCUGGUCAGCUGAGAACCACUGACGCAGGACUGCAUGUGGACCGCACAUACAACCAGAACACAAAAACAGUCCGCGAAUGGAAAAGAAAGACCUCGUAAGACCUGGAAUAUCGCACCUGUGUUGCACAGAAAGACGGAGGAUGAGUGAAGAGAGAUGAUGCUUGUGCAGCGAUCACAGAUUGGGCAGUGAACUUCAGCGACCGGCCAAUAGCUGGCAAACUGUCACUGUAGCUGCUUUACUGUGUCUGCGCUGCCGGCCAUAUUGGUUGGCAGAAAACCAUUAUUUUGAAAAAUUCUGUUCCUUUUGUUUAAUGUUGAGAAUAUAAUUUAGUAGGAAAAAAAUAUAUUGUCUGUGUUUAAUUUUACCAGCAGCUAAAAUAAGGUUCCCACCAAGGUUACACAGUAUGUGAGAAGCUUUCAUCGACUAAAACACGAUUGCAGUUUAUCUUGUUUGUGUUGUCAGAUAUGAAGAGUACAGAACAGCUUCUAUCUAACUGUGGGUACAUGACUGGGUCACAACAUACUGCACUGUAUGAAAGAUUACAGAUAUUUAAACAGUCAUAUAAGGCUUCGACUUCACAUGCAGGUGUUUUGAAUGAAGAGCUGAUUGGAUCUCAUGUCAGGUUGAGGAGAGUUAUGUGACUGAAUAAACAUAUAAACGCA